UGUGGGUGAAAAAGAGAAGUGUUUUUUUUUUUCUGUCUCUGGUGUUCUGCUCGUUUCUGUUGUAAGGUGUGAAACCUGAUCUUCUGAUAAAGAUCUUUCAGCCACUCUUAAGGCAAAUCAGUCAACAUACUUUGUUUGUUACUAUUGAUUGGCUGUUCAGUUUAUGCAUGUUUCCUCUGUCAUUCUGUUCUGCCCCCCAAAGCUGUGACAGUAAAGAAAAAAAGAGACUUGAUUCGCAGCAGCUGAAACUUCACCAUGUCAGGUUCUGGAUUCUACAACACCAACCUGCCAUAUGAUUACGACUUAUACUUCAAUGAUAACGAAUCAAACAUUGAACCAUGUGAUGAUAUGGGUCCAAGGAUCUUAGAGAUAUUUGUGCCAACUCUCUACAGUCUGGUAUUCAUCCUAGGCUUUCUGGGUAACGGCCUGGUGGUGUGUGUGCUGCUGAAACACCGGCAUCAGACCAACCUGACAGACAUCUGCCUGCUGACCCUGGCUCUGUCUGACUUGGUCUUCGUCCUCACUCUGCCUUUCUUUGCCCACUUCGCCGCCUAUAGUGAGUGGGUCUUUGGAGGUUUCAUGUGCAGUUUCCUGAGAGGCAGCCACUACGUAGGCUUCUUCAGCAGCAUCUUCUUCAUGGUAGCCAUGACCCUGGACCGCUACGUAUCCAUCAUGCAUGCAAACAAAAUGAUUCGUUGCCGCACCCUGAGGUCAGGCGUCAUCCUGAGCAUCUGUAUCUGGCUGCUGAGUUUCUGUGUCUCCCUUCCAGCUUUUAUCUUCUCUCACGUCCAACAUUAUAGUUAUUCCAUCUGUGUGUAUGCACCAGAUGACAUGGUCUGGAAGUUUUAUGACAUCUUUGCAACCUGCAUUCUAGGUCUUGUGCUUCCCAUGUUGGCUAUGGUAGUUUGUUACUCCAGGAUCAUCCCUACGUUGUUGAGCAUGAGGAGCACAAAGAAGCACCAUGCUGUCAGGCUAAUCAUCCUUAUAGUGGUUGUCUUUUUCAUCUUCUGGUUUCCGUUUAACAUUUCCAUGCUCUUGGAUUUUUUGCAGGUUUUGGGCAAACUGCCUUUCACCUGUGAAUUACAAAAGAACCUUUACAUAUCACUGGUUGUGACUGAGAGCUUAGCUUACACUCACUGUUGCCUGAACCCCAUCAUUUAUGCUUUUGCUGGACAGAAGUUCAUGAAGCGUGCCUGUAGGCUGCUUAAGACAUGGGUUCCUUGGAUUCCUCUCGCAGAUUUUCCAGACAGCUCAUUCAGGAAGAGCUCAGUCAGGUCCAGGUCGUCUGAAGUCACAACCAUCUCUUUCAAGUAAAUGUGAGGAUGACUGGGUGUGAAAACCCCCCAGAAACAUCAGUGUUGUCUUCUGUGUUUCCUCAGGUACUUAUAUAUGGUUGUCAAUUAGAAUCAGAAAAUGCCUUAUUAACCCUGAUGCUACAGCCUGUUGAUGUUACAGGUAUACCUUUACACCAGCAUGCGGUAAACUUAGUGACAAAAAGAUAGCGGAUAAACAAUUAGAUAGAAUUCUGCUACUGACUGCAUUUUGCUACUUUUCUGGGUUUUUCAUAGAAGCACUGCUGCCUUUUAGUGGUAUUACUGUCACCCAAUGGUAGAAAUGCAGUAUUACAGUAUAUAGGUUGUAGAUUUCCAUCCAUAAAUGGACUAAUGGCUUGUAACAUUAGAUAGAAAUAAGGUGUGUUAACUGUGAUGCAUCAAAAAUUACAAAAAGAUUCUGUGCAAACCUUUGUAUAUAAGAACUAUUUUCUACUUAAGAUCCUGUUUUUUGUACAGUCUUUGACCAUUUGUUUCUGCAAAACAACAUUUCUCCAGUAAUUGAUCAGUUCAAGUUCAAUC